AUGGUCGACCUCAAGUUCAAGUACCCCAUGACAGUUAGUGUCAUGGGAAUGGUCAUGAGUGGUCUAUUGAGCUUCAUUUGCUGUCGUGUUCUGCGGGUAGUGGAGACGCACGCUAUUGUGCGCCUGCGCUUCUGGAUAACCAAGAUUCUUCCCAUCGGGUUUUUCAUGGCACUUACGCUGUGGACUGGGAACGAGGUGUACUUGUACCUUACAGUGGCUUUCAUCCAGAUGCUCAAGGCGUUUACGCCAGUGGUCACAAUGGUGUGCUUGUUCUUAGCCCGGCUUGAGGACCCCACACGACCCAUGAUCGCCUCUGUGCUGCUGACGGCCACGGGCACUGCCGUGGCGGCAUACGGCGAGGUCCGCAUGUCGGUCGUGGGCCUGUUGCUCAUGUUCUCUUCAGAGACGGCAGAGUCUAUCCGGCUCGUGAUGACCCAGUUCCUGCUGAUGCACGCCAUCUGGACGACAGGUAGCCUUGAGAUUGUGCGGGCGUAUCCCGGGCUGUUCCUGACCGCCGCCGUUAUGGGCUUUGCGGUCAACACGCUGGCGUACACCACCAUUAAGCUGGCUUCUAGCCUUACGCUUAAAGUCCUUGGGACUGUCAAGAACACUCUCUUGGUGGUGUGCGGUGUGGUUUUCUUUGCGGAAGUGGUCACGGGAGUGCAGGGCAUUGGCUACCUUAUUUCUUUGACUGGCUUUGCGUGGUAUAACUACAUCAAGAUGAAUCAAAUCGCAAGCGGUGGCGUAGUCACGGAUGGACUGUGCCGGGCCAUUACUUCGGAUGGUAGCAGCAGACAGCAGCAACUGGCAGAAAGCACAGCAGGCACACGAAAAGGUCUGUUGCGUUCUUUGGUCCUCGGAUGGCUUUUCAAGGUGCUGCAGCGCUUUGGUGGCUGUUGCGUACUUGCAUGCAAUGGCGUCGGCGGCUGA